AUGGAUGAUAUUUUGUCGGGUCCUGUUAGUGGAGCAGUUAUCGUGGAUAACUCAUACCAUGUGAGUUCAGAUGUUUGGAAUGGAGUCGAGCGUGGUCCUCUGGAGUGUAUGUCUAGCAACCGGUCUUUAAGGCAUUGGGUUCUUUCAGACGCGCAGAGGGAGAUUUUGCAUAUGGUUGGCUUUGGCGUGUUUGCCAACCUUGGGAUUGUUCUUCAGAAUGAUACCAGGCUUGUUAGUGCAUUAGUGGAGAGGUGGCGGCCCGAGACCAAUACCUUCUUCAUGAGGCAGGGGGAGAUGACAGUCACUCUAGAGGAUGUUGGCUACAUACUAGGAUUACCUGUUGUGGGUCGGCCACUAGUUGGAGAUGGUAUUGACGGUAACCAGUCAUAUUUCGAGAGGGCAUGGUUUGAGGAAUUGACUCCUCACCAGGUGAAGGAUGGCUUUACUAGAGGAGGGGUGAGGCUGACUUGGUUGUUUGAGACCUAUGGGAGUGCUGAUCCAGGUCCUGAUCCGAGGCGUAUAGCUGUUCACACACAGGCCUAUAUGUUCUUCGUGGUAGGCUCUAUCCUUUUUCCUACUAGUAGUAGGAAUGUUGUCCAUCCACGCUAUAUCAGGCAUCUUCGCACACUGAGCCAUGUGCGUACAUGGUCGUGGGGAUCAGCAGUCCUUUCAUAUCUGUACAGGGGUCUGACUACAGCUGCACAGAAGGGGUUGGAUUGUGGGCGGCAAGAGGAAACGGGGGAGGCGGGAUAG